AUGGGAACGAACAUGAACAAUUACAGUCAUAAUGACCUUGAGGCCACGUACCAGGAAGAUCUUCCCAAGACAAUCGACGAACGCCUCAAUGAGCUUGAGUCAAAGAUGCAGCAGAUCGUAGUUACUGCAAGCCAACCUGCUUCAACUUCGACUGCGUCCACUGGCCUGCAAAUGAUCGAGGACAAGCUUGGAAGUCUCAAUGCCUGGAUGCAGAUCGAGGCGAAGUCUCGCGCAAGCAUGUCAGCGCUCUACGAUCGCGAAUUUCUGAGAGUCGGUCAAGAUAUGUACUUCACGAAGAAGAACGUUGAGGCUCUUUAUGCAAACAUGCAACAGCAGCCGGUUGUGCCCGCGGAGGCACUCAGCGCUAUUGGAUCUGGGGACGAACAGGUCAAUGAGCUGAAAGACCGUAUCUCUGACCUCGAACUCGAGGUCGCUGAGGAAAGGGAGAAGCGAUCUAAAUUGAGCGAGCUGGUGAGCGAGAAGCUGCAAUCGCUUGCUGUCACCCUCAAGGACUGCAACGCAACUUCUCUGAGCUUUCGCGAAGAACUGUGCGAGCUGAGCUGCGCCCUGCAGGCUGAGAAGGAGGAGCGUAUCAACGAUGUGGACUCGGUGAAGAAGACUGCUGCGAAGUCUCACGAUAAGGCCGAGCAGGCAAAGCAGGAGUGCGUAGAGUUACGCGACUCAACGAAGCUGCUUCCCGAGCAGCUCAAGAACCACAUCAGUCAGCAGAUCGAAGACGAACUCGUUGAGAUCAAUGAGAAGCAAGAAGACAUGUCGAGAUACAUCAUGUCGCUUGCUGAGCGCAUCGACACUCUCAAGCCUCCCAGUCCUGCUACGGAGAAAGGGUCGAUCGAAGAGUUUCGUGCCACAAUCACCAGCUUCGAUACCGAGAUCGAGGGUGUCAAUGCUCGUAUUGGCAAGAUCGAGAAAGGCAUUGCCGAUGGCGAUGGCAUCAACGACAAGCGCUUGACGGACCUCGAGGUGCAGCUCGAGAAGUCCAAUAAGCGUCACAAUACCUUGGCUCAGAAGUCUGUCGAAGAUCGGAAGAAGAACGAUGACAGGCUCAAGGGUGUCGAAGCACGUCUGAAGGACCUGGUGGAUGGCAUGAAGAUGAUAUGGAAGAUGUAA